GGUAAUCAGUGAUGUCCGUGAAGAAAAUAUCGAGCACACAGAGAUCGAUUCGGGAAACCCUCAAGCUAGCAGCUGCAGGGUUGUUCUCUAUUUAUACCUCACUUCCAGUUUUACUGUUCUUACAACGAUAAUUAAAACGGAAAUAUAAAUUCACCCUGACACGUGGUGAAGUCCAGAAAGGUAAAGCAACAACGAGAAAUAACAAAAACGACAGUGCUGCGUUUCGGACGAAUGCUCGAAACGUUUCCCAUACAACGAAUCGUAUUCUGACCGAAACACAUUUGAACUUCAUCUUCUUCACUUUCCCGCCAGUCGCCAUUGGAGCUGUCGGAGCUCUGAUCAAGUCUUCUUACAGUCCGGGACUGCAAAGCCGAGUAGGGUGAAGACGGAGAGCCGGAAAUGCUGAGCCAGAGGUUGCACUUGAAGGAGGUGAGCCUGGGCGGGGAGAGGAAGAGGCAGGGACCGUCGCGGCUUGCGGCAGGGAAGAUCUCGCGGAAGUGAGGCGGGGCGAAAGUGGGGUGGAAAGGUGGUGGGUCGGGUCAUAGGUUUGUUUUAGUUGAUGGGGCGGGUUUUAGUGAUGUGGCGGGUUGGGUAAAUAAAUUUCAGGUUAAAAUAAGAUGAUUAGGUGAUUCUGUUAGUUAUGUUAGCUAAAAAUUGACGUCGUUAACGGAGACUAACGGAAGGUAACGGAGAGUGACCAAAUUUAAACUAGUUAAUUAAUUUUAGUGACUAUAAUUGAAAUUAAAUAUUUUAAGUGACAAUUUGAAUGGUUUUAGUAAUCUCAGGUCAAACAAUUUUAGUAAUCUCAAUGACCAAUCUUGCAAUUUACCCUUUCUUUCUUUGCGUCUGUUAAUUGUUGAAUUGUAAGAAUGUUUUUGUAAACCUAAUACGUCAAGCCCAAUCUAACAGUGAGAUCCUCCGUAUGGGCCGAGCCCAUUAUGACAUGGUCUAAGCUAGUGUAAUUUGGUCACAAGUCACAACAAUCAAUACAACCCUGCACAUAGUUGAUUCUCUAAAUUAAGGAAAAACCGUUAAGGAUCUUCUCUCAUGGCAGUAGAACCCGAAUCAACAUGUAUCCAAUUUGGUGAAUGCGGAUAAAAUCCGUUUUGACGGAUUGUGGUUUGGGUUUAACCAUAUCUAACUCGUGCUCCCAAUCCAUACCCUCCACGGCCUACAGAACCCUUAAUAAUUAACUAUAAUUUCUAAACUAAUUCCUCACACGGUCAAUUAAUCAUAUUGUUUGUAGAUGUUUAUCUUUAAUAUUGAACAAUUAGUAUGAAUGUUUUGUACGUGAUUUAGUGUGAUGUAGUAGAUAGUAGUAGCUAGUGAAAACUAAUGUAAUUGCAUCUUUGAACAUGAACCCAUGGGUACCCAUUAACCCGCGCAUACCGAGCGAAUUGAGUUGGAUUUGAGUUUUCUAAAUUCAAUGCGGUUUUACUCUGAGUUUUUUUUUUGGAUAAACUCAUGAAUUUUAGUUUGAGUUUGACAAUAACCCGCCCCAUUGCCAUUCCUACUCUCAAGUAAGGUUUAGUAUGUAGUCGCUUUUGACCCAUUCAUCCCGGCGACUCAGUUAUAGGUUGAAGUCGAGUUUAAUUGAGCUAAUUUGUAGAAACCAUAAUAAUGCGUAGAAAUUAAAAGCUGCCACCACCUUAGCUUCCUCUGCAUUUCUUGUUACUUCCAAUAACCCAUAUUUUUCUAGGAUCAGUUUUUUUUUUUUUUUAAGUUGUUCAAAAUCUAUCUGCAUCAUCCACAAUGGCGUACUGCGUUCAUCCUGCUGAAGAUGUGGAUCAGCAGCUGGUCACUCCGCUCCUCUACGAGCCCAAUUUAGCUUCUGACAAGGAAAUAUGCGAGCGACGACGACGAGCAUGGGAGGACUUGAGCCCAGAUCUCCUGAACACGAUUUACGCAAAGCUGCCUACCUACAUCGACGGCACCGAGUUCGGCUCCGUCUGCCGCAACUGGCGCCAAAUUCACUGCGCCGCCGCACUUUCCACUCCCUUGCCACUCACCGUUGGGAGAUUCAACAGCAUUAGCAGCGUUAGCAAGGACAGCGUGAUUCGAUUCUCCAUUAAAUCCUUGGGCUUGGCGAUAAAAGCCGCCGGUGCGAGGCGCGAAACCUGGAUGGAUACAGGCCGGAUCCCGGGCUUCAAGGAGGGCCGCGACCUUGCCUGUCACCGCAAGACGAUCGUCGGGAGCGCCGGCUCGUGGUGGCUGCUGGUGCAGGAGGAGGUGAAGCCGAGACCGAAGCGCGGCGACAUCGAGUACUGCUUCAAUCCCUUGCUCCGGAGCCCCGCGAAUCUGAUCGCCCUGCCCCCACUGUCCACGUGUUCUCUGCUGGCGGCCGAUUACGAUCCAUCGAGGGUCAGAGCGGCUUUCUCGGCCCUGCCAACGGCGCCCGACUGCACGAUCGUGGUGGUUCACCCGCCGCGUCGAUUCAGCACCCUCCGCCGUGGCCAGCGCGUGUGGAGGUGUUAUGAAUUCGGCGGCAUCGGCGUAUUGGAUUGCAUCGGCAUCGGAUACAGAGACGGCAAGUUCUUGUGCCUGUUCCAAAACGGGGAGCUAUUGAUUUUCUCCGCUGUCGAGGAGGGCGAGCGCCGUAUGUUGACACCUGCCUCUACUUUGGCGCCGCCGCCUCUGCUUCCGGCUAAUCUCCACCGCGUGGACAAUUACCUCCUUGUUGCCGACUCUGAAAGCGGCUUCCUGAGGGUGAGUUGGGGUAGAGUUGAUGAAAGCAAAAACAUCUUCCGGCUGCUGACGGUGGAGAAAGAAACGGAGGCGCUAUCCAGGAAUGAUGAUGAAGCGGUGGCUAGGUUAGAGAAAGGGCCGCCGCACGUGUGGUCGGUUUACCUGAAUGCCCAAAUUCCCGUCAAGCGGCGAUGGGGCCGAAAUUUUCUAACUCGCUGCUGGAGGUUCAUUGUUUGCAAAUGUUUUACGUGAGGUCAAAUUCUCGUGACUCAAUUGAUGAAAUGGCGAUCGUCGCCGGAGCCGUGGUGGUGCUGUAAUACUCAUUGCGUCGGAGAUUGGUGGCCAACGGUGUCGGCCUGUCGGGGUUAAUGGGGUAGGCCAAACUAGGGCGAUGGAUUGCCGACCGUUUUGGGGAUUGGGGUAGAAUACUCUUUUUGUAUGUUUAGGCGAAAAUUUUAAAAAAUUAAAUUAAGGAUAUUUGAGUAAUUUUAAUAAAUAUCAGGGUGACGA